AUGCAUACUCCCUGUUGCUUAGAUUGCUGUCCUACUGGAAACAAGGUGGUAUUUCAAUUGCCUACUGAUACCUGUGAACAAGGUCAUAAGCAACGAACACACUUCAACUUUAAUUCAGAUGGAAUAGGAGAUCUUUCAAGAGAUGAGCCAGGCCAGGCAGGAUUAUUGUCACCCUCGUCUGAAAAUUACCCGGGCGUUGUAUAUGACUUUCCAAAACAAGUCAUAAAAAUGAGAAUCGGUAGGACUAUAGAAAUGCCCGGAAGAAAAUCAAAACUAGAAUAUCAAUUUAUUACACCAGUUAUAACUCACGAAAGAAUUGUACCUGUAAAAGAUACGCGUACCGCCCAAUGUGUGCCAACAUGUCCUGAUUACUGUCCA